AUUAUUAUUUUUAUUUUUUUUUUAUUAUAUAUUCAAAUAUAUACAACAGUUUUUUAUAUAUCAAUUGUAGUUAUCUAGUUUAUUCCAUAUUGCAUGAUUGGUAUGUAUCGACCUUAUUUAUCACGUACCAUUCGUUUUUCUCCCAUUACAAGUUUUAAUUAUCCUACUGUUAGUCGUCGUCUUUUUCAUCCUCAACGUGCUUUUUUUCAUGGUGCAAGUCAACCGAAAUCAUCAUCAGGCUUUGUUCAAGGACGUAAGAUGAUGACCAGUAUUGCUGCUGCUACUACUUUGAUUACAGUUGGAUCUCUUUUUUAUCCAUCCGUGCAAGCUGAAGCGUCUCCUAGUAUUUCUGCUUUUAGUCAACCUACAGCUAUGGGGACCAUUCAUGAUUUAUUGGAUGAUGAAAAUCGUACGGCAUUGGAUGUAAGAUCUACCGAAGAAUUAUUGAUUGGAUUGUUUGUCUACAAGUUAUGUACCUUUCCAUGGAUUGUGGAUAUGGCACCCCAUGUGAUUCAUUUGGCUGAAAAGUUACAUCUGGAAAGUUUGGUGUAUGGUUUUGUCAAGGAAACCUUUUUCCGUCAAUUCUGCGGAGGUGAAACACCGGAAGAAUGUGUGAAAAGUAUGGACAAGUUGGCCCAAUCGGGGAUUCGUUGUAUCUUGGACUUAUCUGUGGAAGCAGAUUUACAUUUGGAACAAGCGGAUGUACCUCAAAUGUAUGAUGAACUCUCUCAACCUCUUGGCAAAUGGUGGCGACAAGAACAAUCGGCCGAUGUGAUUGUCACAAUGACGGAACAUUGUGUCAGGACAGCUGCUCGUGGUUCCAAUCGUGCUCUGUUUGAUGAAGAUGAAGAUGCGGCUGUGGCGGCGGCAAAUAGUAAUGGUGGUGCUGGUGGUGCUUUUGCUGCUAUCAAAGUCACUGCUUUCGCUCCUCCUGAACUUUUAUUACGGUUGAAUCAUGUCAUCACAAGAAUGGAACAUAUCUUUCAAGCUCAUCAAGUCGAUGGUAUGGUAGGUACAGCUGCUCUCAAGGAUGUUGUCUCUCAAGUCUUACCACCUGCUCAUUCCGAUCAUCAACAACAACAACGGGAUGCUAUGAUUGAAUAUAUGCAUCAACAACAUCCCAAUAUUGAUAGUAUCACUUUCUCUCAACUCUUCAAUUUACAAGGUCCUUCUCGUGAUAUCUGGUGGGCAACCGAUCCUCAAACUCAAGAAUCUGAUACUUUAUUGACUUUGGAUGAAUUGAAUGCUUAUGAUCGUAUGGUGAAUCGUUUGGACCAAGUUUGCUCUUUAGCUCAUCGUUAUCGUGUUGGUAUUAUGGUUGAUGCUGAACAAUCUUAUUUCCAAGAAGCUAUUGAUCAUGUCGCUAUGAAUCUUCAAGCUAAAUAUAAUCGUCGUGAUGAUCAAGAUCAUACUCCCACUGUUUAUAAUACUUAUCAAAUGUAUACAAAAGCAGCUCGUGCUAAAUUGGAAAGAGAUGUUGAAUUGGCUAGACGUGAAAAUUUUGCUUUUGCUGCUAAAUUGGUGCGUGGUGCUUAUAUGGUUUCAGAAAGAAAGCGUGCUAUGCAACUUGGAUAUCCUUCACCUAUUCAUGACACUUUGGAAGAUACCCAUGAUUCUUUCAAUGGAGGUGUAAAAUUCUUGUUAGGUAGAUUACAUCAUCAUCAAAUGACUACUGGAGAACCAUUAUCUUCUACUACAGCUCCUAUUGUCUUUAUGGUGGCUACUCAUAAUCGUGAUUCAGUGGUGCAAACAGUGGAAGAAAUGGAUAAACAAGGUGUGUUACCAAGGUCAGGUGUUGUUCAUUUUGGUCAAUUAUUUGGAAUGCAGGAUCAAAUCUCUUACAGUCUUGGUAAAAAUGGUUACUCUAUUUAUAAGUACCUUCCCUAUGGUAUGAUUGAUGAAGUUAUUCCUUAUUUGUUACGUCGUGCUCAAGAAAAUUCUUCUGUCAUGGGUGGUGUGAAUAAGGAACGUGCUUUGAUGUGGACUGAAUUGAAGGAUCGUAUUCGUGCUCGUUUACCUUUGGCUGGUGGUACUCCUGCUCCUUCUACUUCAUCUGCUCCUUCUUCUGUAGUCAUCAGCUCUGCUUCUACUGCUGCUGCUGCUGCUACUACUUCUGCUACCUCUGCUACUACUUCUUCUACUGCUGAUGAUACUGAAAGUCCUAUUCAAACCACUACUGCUUAAUUUGGUUUUUCUUUUUUUAUAUUUUUUUUCUUUUCUUUUUCUUCUCAUUUUGGUUGUAUAUGUUGGGUUAUAUUUGGUUGAUGAUGUUAUUAGGAGGUCUUUACACAUCUUUUGUUAUAUACUUCUCUUGUUCUAUAUUUACACA